AUGGCUGAGAUUGCACGGAGCUCCAUGGAGCAGGGAAGCCCGUCCGUUGUUCAGGGGUGUACGAUAGAAAAGUUCACGAAGAUGAAUCCUCUAGCAUUUUCAAGAGAAACUGACCCCGCAAUUGUAAAGAACUGGAUGCAAAAGAUUAAUAAAAUACUAACGGUGCUCCACUACAUCAAUGAAAUGAGGGUCCUCUAUGCCACAUACAAGUUGACAGGCGAGGCCGAGAGAUGGUGGAUGGCUACAAGAUUAUUGGAGGUGCAGAGGCCCAUACCAGUGGCUAUGACUUGGAGCCGGUUCAGGGAGGUAUUCUUGGACAAAUAUUUUCUUGCAACUGUCGGAGAGGCUAAGGUAGUGGAGUUUCUGAAUUUGUCCCAGGAAAAUCUUAGAGUUCAGCAGUAUGCAGCAAAGUUCAUUGAGGUGUCACGCUUUGUCCCCUAUGUCGUUCCAGAUGAAGUUAAGAAGGCGAGGAUGUUUGAGAGGGGCUUGAAGCGAUAA